GCCAGCAUAUUCCACUUGCUAUCAGAAGAGCUUUGUUGCUGCGAAGGGCUUGGAGAUCUCUGUUCUACAAAUGGCCCAUGGGUCUGGACCUUCAGCAGGGGAAGGGAGAUAGGGGAGAGACGCCCUUUUCCGGUGUCCUGGACUCAGCAGGGAUAAAAGGAGGCAGCACUCUGGGUGUCCUACCAGUGUGUUCUCUGUCCCUUGGUGACCACUUUUCUCCGGCUCUGUCAAUUCCAUCUUUCCCACCAUGAGUCGACAGUUGAACAUCAAAUCUGGGAGUGACAAGGGCAACUUCAGUGUGCAUUCAGCAGUGCUGCCGCGGACGGCCAUGGGCAGCCUGGCCUCCUACCGGGCAGCUGGCAAAGGGGCUGGGGCUGGCUUCAGCAGUCGGAGCCUCUACAACUUCGGAGGGAAUAGACGUAUUUCUCUUAAUUUGGCUGGUGGUGGUGUUCGGGCUGGAAGUUACAGCUUCAGGCAUGGCUCUGGGUAUGGAGGAGGCCGGCCCAGUGGCUUUUUUGGCAGCAUGUUUGGGAGUGUGGCCCUAGGGCCAGCAUGUCCAUCCUUGUGCCCACCCGGAGGCAUCUACCAGGUCACUGUCAACAAGAGCCUCCUGGCCCCCCUCCACGUGGAGCUGGACCCUGAGAUCCAGAAAGUGCGCACCCAGGAGCGGGAACAGAUCAAGGCUCUGAACAACAAGUUCGCCUCCUUCAUCGACAAGGUGCGCUUCCUGGAGCAGCAGAACCAGGUGCUGGAGACCAAGUGGGAGCUGCUGCAGCAGCUGGACCUGAACAACUGUAAGAAGAACCUGGAGCCCAUCCUCGAGGGCUACAUCAGUGGCCUGCGGAAGCAGCUGGAGACCUUGUCAGGGGACAGGGUGAGGCUGGACUCGGAGCUGAGAAGCAUGAGGGACCUGGUGGAGGACUACAAGAAGAGAUAUGAGGUGGAGAUUAGCAGGCGCACGGCAGCUGAGAAUGAGUUCGUGGUGCUCAAGAAGGACGCAGAUGCAGCCUAUGCCGCCAAGGUGGAGCUUCAGGCCAAAGUUGACUCUCUGGACAAAGACAUCAAGUUCCUCAAGUGUCUGUACGAUGCGGAGAUCGCCCAGAUCCAGACUCAUGCCAGUGAGACCUCUGUCAUCCUGUCCAUGGACAACAACCGCAGCCUGGAUCUGGACAGCAUCAUCUCUGAGGUCCGGGUCCACUAUGAGGACAUUGCUCUGAAGAGCAAGGCCGAGACUGAGGCGCUGUACCAGACUAAGCACCAACUUCCUGUCCCUGGGAACCAGAUCCAGGAGCUGCAGCUGGCGGCCAGCCGGCACGGCGAUGACCUCAAGCAUACCAAGAAUGAGAUGUCAGAGCUGAACCGGCUCAUUCAGAGGCUGCGGUGUGAGAUCGGGAACGUGAAGAAGCAGUGUGCCAACCUGGAGACGGCCAUUGCUGACGCCGAGCAGCGGGGGGACUGUGCCCUCAAGGACGCCCGGGCCAAGCUGGAUGAGCUGGAGGCCGCCCUGCACCAGGCCAAGGAGGAGCUGGCGCGGAUGCUGCGGGAGUACCAGGAGCUGCUGAGCCUGAAGCUGUCCCUGGACGUGGAGAUCGCCACCUACAGGAAGCUGCUGGAGGGCGAGGAGUGCAGGAUGUCUGGUGAGAACCCAUCCUCUGUGAGCAUCUCUGUCAUCAGCAGCGGCAGCUAUGGCUACCACCCCAGCUCCACAGGUGCUGACCUCGGGGCCAGCAGGGUGGCAGGCAGUGCCAGCAGCACCCGAAGUGGGCAGACCAAGACCAAAGGGGCACGAGGGGGAGACUUCAAGGACUCCAAGGGCAAGAGCACCCCGGCCAGCACCCCAGCCAGGAAAGCCACCCAAUAGGACAUGACCCCACUCACCUCAGCACCUGGAAGAAGAGAUGACUUUGCCACUGCUCGUGUCUGCUGCGCCCAAAUCUUGGUCCUUGAGUUUUAAAACUGUCUAUAGCACACUCAGCUCUCUGCAUUGUGGCUUACCUUACUCUAAAGCUCUGAGUGACACUAUUAGAUCCCUUGUGGACUUAGGACUUCUUAUUUCCUUGCUUGGAGGCUGAAGCCAUAAUUGUCUGCUUGGCCCCCGAGGAAGCUGUCAUCAUCCCUGGAGAGAGAAGGGGGUGGGGCUAGCUUUUUCCCAUGCCAAAUUAGCAGCUGUCUGAGUGGCUUUGCUUUCCCUGCUGGCAUGGGGGGUGGGGGGAAUGAGACCUGCCACCAGGACACCAGGAGGUGAGGAGUCAGAGAGCCUUUACCAGCCUCACCAGAAAUGACUGCAGGACAACUCCAUUGCUCAGGAGACAAUGUGCGCCUUCUCAGACCACCUGCACCCAAUUCACAAAGCCAGAUGAAGGAGAAGUUAUUUUCCUACCAUCUGGUGUCACUGGCCCCCCUCCUUUAUUGACAGCUAAUACCAUUAAUUAAGCACCUACUAUGUGCCAGACACACGCAUUAUUUCUCUCCCAGUCCUGCAAGGAAGAUGCAAUCCGCAUCUCUGGGACAGACAAGGAGCCCCGGUGCCCUGAGAGGCUGCAGCACCGGCCCCAGUCAGCCCCUCAGGCUGGGCUGACUCCAGCUCUGUGCUCUUUCCAGGCCAUGUCACUGCCUCUUCGCCAAAGGCAAUGUCAAAUUCACAGUUCUUUUUGAGGAGGGCAGCAUAAUCCUGCUGCCUCUUGUUAGGACUGUGGGUAUGUGAUUUGUCUUUGGUCCUCUCUCUGGAGCUGUGUCCUACAAAGCUUCUGACUCUCAACUGUUGUUGCUAUGAGCUGAGUUUCAUGAGUGGAGCUUGUCCCCUGUCCCUGUGAUACCGCCCAGCCUAGAAGUUGUGGCUCCUGGUGUAAAUAUUUCUAAGAGCAGCGCUGCCUAGUUCCCCCUUUGCUUGAGUUACAGACUCGGAAUUCCUGCAGCAUGUUCA